GCAAUGAUGAGAAGUAUCUACUGAUAGCGUAUCUUACUUCUGUAGGUGUGCCAAUCAUUUUUAUAAAGGUUUUUAUAUCCACGAUCAUAUAAAAAGAAGAUAUAAUCGUGUAAGCAGAAGUAUCAAGUAUCAACCCUCUUGUGCAACAGCGAGCAUAUCAAAACUAUUUUUCAGUCAGCUGUAUCAGCACUAGUGGGUCAAAGAGCGAGGCAUAUUUGUUUUCAUUCUUGAAUUUAUCAACAUAUCAGCAGUUUUUAAAUUUAUUGAAGAUAUAGUCGUUAAAUAGAUCAUUUCGCUUUACGUUCAUUUAGAUAGUGUAAAUUUCACAAUUAUGCGGGGUGUGGUAGUGGCGUCUUUAUUGGCCCAAGCGCUUAUAUCAGUUUUUGCAAGUCCUAAAGUGGGUGGACCAGUAUGGAGUCAGACUUAUUCUGUAAAAGGUAUCCUCCACAUCCCCUAUGCUGAAAUUGAUGAACCUUUCUAUGCCUGGUUCGAUGCUCCGUCAAAACAAUCUCGCAUCGACUAUUAUGGUGACAUGGUAAAAACGUAUCAGUUAGGAGGUCAUGGUUAUGGAACUAGUAUAAAAAUUGCACCCGUCACUACUGAAGAGGAGCAAAACACUCGAACGUGCCUUCAAGUCAAUGGCACCGCAGAUAACAAAAUUCUGCCACAAACUGUUUUGCCGCAAUUGAUCAAUUUUGAAUGUAUUGGACAAGAAACAGUGAACGGUCUUGAAACAGAAAAAUGGGGACUAACAGAAACUGUUGGCGAAAAAGAAAAUAAAUAUACCAUGUGGAUAAUUUACAAAGAUAAUCCUGAUGGUAUUGGCAAAAUUGCAGUACCAGUUAGAUAUGAAAUGAAGGGAUUCAACUCCCUGCUUGGAAGCCACUAUGAUCAUUACUACUUAGAUUACGAUUCCUACAACAUCGACGAUAUUCCUGGAAAAAUCUUCCAAAUAGAUUCAAACAUGACUUGCAGUGCUUUCCCCGGACCCGGGAACAAGCAUAUCUACACCUUCAAUCCGAUGGCAGAGUUUGUAAAACCGGAAACUACCGGCCACCUAGAUUUUGAAUUUGAUAAGUUCAUGAGAAAGCACAGUAAACAGUAUGAAGGACAAACGGAACAUAUGCUGAGGAAAGAAAUUUUCAGACAGAACAUCAGACUUAUCCACGCAGUUAAUAGGCAAAAUAAAGGAUAUUCUCUAGCAGUCAACCAUUUAGCUGACAAAACUCCUGAGGAAUUGGAAGCUUUACGUGGUAAACAAUACAGCGGUGUAUACAAUGGUGGUGAGCCAUUCCCAUACAAAAACGUCAACCGUGCAAAUUUACCUCCACAGUUUGACUGGAGAAUAUAUGGUGCCGUGACCCCGGUUAAAGAUCAAUCGGUUUGUGGUUCUUGCUGGUCUUUCGGAACAAUUGGUGCUAUAGAAGGAGCCUACUUUUUGAAAAAUGGAGGCAAACUAGUCAGACUUUCUCAACAAGCGCUCGUGGAUUGCUCUUGGGGGUAUGGUAACAACGGUUGCGAUGGUGGGGAAGACUUCAGAGCUUACAGUUGGAUCAAGAAGCAUGGAGGAGUUCCUACUGAGGAAGCAUAUGGUCCAUACCUAGGACAAGAUGGAUAUUGUCAUGCUGAUAAAGUACCAAAGGUAGCACCAAUCAAAGGAUGGGUCAACGUAACAUCUAACGAUGAAAAUGCUCUGAGAUUGGCAAUUUUCAAACAUGGACCAAUUAGUGUGGCGAUCGAUGCAAGCCACAGGACUUUCAGUUUCUAUUCAAACGGAGUCUAUUAUGAGCCAAAAUGGUAAGAAUGAUUACCAGAUAGGCAAUUGAAACUAAACUAAAAUUAUCUGUGAAUUUUAUGAAAUUUUAAACUAAAAAUGUGAACAAAGUGCAUUGUAGCAAAGUAUUCUUAAAUGUGAGAGGGUGAGGAUAAAACGCGUUAAAACUGAAAUUACGUUAGUCGAAGAAAUCAAUAAAAAAAUAAGUAUUGUUUUUUUUGUAGUGGAAACACAGUGGAUGAGCUUGACCACGCUGUCCUGGCUGUAGGUUACGGAACACUCAACGGAAAAGAUUACUGGUUGAUCAAAAACAGUUGGUCCAACUAUUGGGGCAAUGAUGGAUAUAUCUUGAUGGCAGCUAAAGAUAAUAACUGCGGAGUUAUGACCACACCCACCUAUGUAACAAUGUAAAAUGUAAAGUUUUGUCCAAUUUGCUUAAUGAUUUUUUACAUUUGUUGUGAAUAACGAUUAGCGAUUAAUAGAAUUUUGUCAUUUGUGAUAUAUUAAACCAUAUACUCGUAUGAUGGAAAUAAUAAGUAAUUUUUUGCAAAGUUUGUUAUUUGUAAAAAAUAAACAAUUAAUGAUA